UCUGACUGUCUGUUUCAGUCUCUGCUCUAGCUCUAUGGGCACUGUAUAAGCUGAGUCUUAUAAGUUAGUUAUAACUUAUAGGUUAUAACUUAGUUAAAUGAAUGCGUUCGUGGAUGGGUGGGUGGGUGCAGAGAUGGACCAUGAAGGCACUUCCUCCGUAUGCGGGCUGCAUUCUGACCCCCUGACUCCUCCCUCAAUGUCAUUGGAAGCCAGCACCUGUUGGCAGUCCCCCAGGCAACUGGGUGGCCAGGGUCUGAGAUUUGGGGGUGAUGGAGCUACGUCAGUUAUAGGGCAGCAAGGCGAGAGAUACGUGGUCAGUAAUGCCCUACAGAAGGUACCCUCAGCCCCUCCAGAGUGGGGGGUGUGACUCAAAGACCCUGAAUUUAUUUAAUGAACCCCAAGUCCAAGUCCAGUCCUGCCACUUGCUGGCUGUCUGACCUUGAGCUGGUCACAGCCCCUCUCUGAGCCUUUGUCUCCUUUUCUACCAGGUGGGAAUAUUGACCCUGGCUUCCAAAGACUGUAGGGAGGAUCCAAAGAGAAAGCUGCUGCUGUGAGUGUUGCUGUUGCCGCCUUUCUGCCUCUGCCUGGCUCACGUGGCUGCUCCUCCUCUGGCAAGCCGGGCUGUGAGGAGCAAUGGAAGUGGCCAUGGACGAGGGCCUGGGGGCUGGUCUGAGCAAUGCCACCAAUGAGGACAGGGACAUCCAGGCGCUGUUCCAGGAACUCCGCCAACUCCAGGCCAAGCAGAGGAGGCUGAAGAGAAAGGUCGAGAAGCACAAGCAUUUUGAAGAUUUUCUGAUUAAAGUCCUCGAGAAAAUCCCCAAGGGAUCCGCAGACCAGGAGGAGCCAGAGGAGGCCCUGGUGGAGGCCAUGGUAGAGCACUACGGGAGGCUCCUCACAGCCAGCCAAGAUGCCCAGGAGCACCUGGAGGCCUUGUCCAAGAUGAGCCAGGCCGCCCACCGGAGCCUGGAGUCUCUAGAAGAGAACCACAGGUCUCUUGUCCCGAGACUCAAGAUCCAGCUGUGUCAGCUGCAAAAGAAGUGUCACCGCAAUAAGGAGAGGCAGUGGCGGCAGGAGGAACGCAGCAUCACCUACCAGGAAGACUUGGUCAGCCAUAGUGUGAGUGCAGACUGCUGGCUGGGGACGGGGGCCUGGGGCUGCCAUCUCCUCCACAGUUAUCACCCCCACCAUACGCGUGCCCGCACAUAUACACCCGCAUAUGUGCACACGUGCACACUCACACCACUUACUUCUCCUUGGCUGCCACUUACCGGCCUUGAAAUGAAGUCUAGUUAUCUUCUGGAGCCCCGGUUCCUCACCCAUAACCAGAACCAAGAGUCUGUGCCCUUCCAGCCUCAGGAGCAAGGCUAUGAAUGGCUUCCCGUGGCCCAGGCCUGCCAGGGGCCCAGGGCUGUGCUGGGCAAGUUCCCCCAGAACCUGCUGCUCAACUACGUGCAGAUGGCCAUCGACAGCAUGGCCCAGCAGUGCUGCCCCUUCGCCCACGGCCUGCCCGAGAACAUGGGCCUCUUCUCCAAGCUCGACCUAAUUCAGGCAUUUAUGCUGGACAAAAUGGAGACUGUGAGACUGAUAUCACUGCUCACGGGACCCACAGUGUGCUGGGCAGAGAAGGGCCUCAAGGACCAGGGCCUCAGAAGAUGCCCCAGACCCGCCAGGAAAUGCCCAAGCAGCCAGAGUUCAAUCCCCAGGACUCCCCUGCCCAGCAUCCAGACAUCUGAGUGCUCCAGCCUGUACUGACCGCUGUGGUCCCCAGGCCCUGUGGCAUUACGACCAGCUCCCCACCAGCUUGGCCUGCUUUUCUCAC